AUGGGAGCAUGUUCAUCUAGUAAACCAAUUGCCAAAUAGUCAAAUCAAGCCAGUAACCGAUAAAUUCAGGAAGAUCCAGUCAUCUCUGUCAUCAAUUACAUUGUGGAUGGGCCAGCUUAGGUUGAGAUCGAAAAUUCAAAAAAAGAGGAUUUAAAUCAAGAUAACUUGGAUUAAGACAAUUAAUAUUAAGAAAAUGAAUAAUCAGAUAUAGAUCACUUAGAAAUCAAUGAGGAAGACAUUCACAAGUGUAGAGAUGAGGAAAUACUACUAGAUAACACUGAUGAUACAAUUUAAAAACCUGCAGACACUUUCAAUUUCAUCAACACUGGAUAAACCCUCAUGUAACACAGAAAUCAAAGUGAUGUCAAGGUCUUGCAAAAGUAAAGAAUAUUCUAGGUUGGCAAAGAAAACAUGUUAUUGUCUUGA